AUGAGUACGUUAAAAGCUAUAAUUGCCCCUUCAGUACUUGCAUCCAAUAUAAGCAAAUUAGCUGAAGAAACACAACGAAUGGAAUCUUUGGGUGCAGAAUGGAUCCAUUUAGAUGUUAUGGAUAUGCAUUUUGUUCCUAAUUUAUCCUUUGGUCCACCUGUUAUUAAUAAUUUAAAAAAAUAUACAAAAAGUAUUUUUUUUGAUGUACACUUAAUGGUUGAAUAUCCAGAAAAAUAUGUACCAUUGUUAAAAACAUCAAAUCAACUAACUUUUCAUUUUGAAGCAUUAAAUGAAGAUACCGAAAGAUGUAUACAAUUAGCCAAAGAAAUUAGAGAUAAUAAUUUAUGGUGUGGAAUUUCUAUCAAACCUAAAACUGAUGUACAAAAAUUAGUUCCCAUAUUAGAUACUAAUUUAAUAAAUACAGUUUUAGUUAUGACUGUCGAACCAGGUUUUGGAGGGCAAUCAUUUAUGCAUGAUAUGAUGGGGAAAGUUUCGUUUCUUAGAAAAAAAUAUAAAAAUUUAAAUAUUCAAGUUGAUGGAGGAUUAAAUAUAGAAACCACCGAAAUUUCUGCUUCUCAUGGAGCCAAUAUUAUUGUUGCGGGAACUAGUAUUUUUAAUGCGCAGGAUCCAAAAUAUGUUAUUGACACAAUGAGAGUAUCAGUACAGAAAUAUUUGAAUAAUUAA